AUGCGAGCAGCCUGUGUCCUGCUGUUGUGCGCCGCGACCGCGGCGGUGCAACUCAACGAAGUGCAGGUCCCACCUGCGCUGGCUGCCCUGCCUCAUGCCCAUUGCCUGCGCUUGUUGGAGGAGACCUACGGGGCCUUGAAAGGCUGGGAGCCUCGCUGGGGCCUCUUUCGACAUGCAUGCCUGGGCAUGGCAAAUCGACUACAGCUGCCGGAGGACAUGAAUCAGACCUGCAGCGGCUUUGCCUCUGCAGCUCUUGCGGUGAGGCAUCAAGGACUUCCACCCCUGGCGCAGCUGGAGGAGCUUUGGUGCCGCCCUCCUGAUCCUCCACAUCUCACAGUGGCGCAGCGAAUGCAGCCCUUCUUGGCCCGCCUGCGGAAUGCCACGGACCAGGUCGCAGCCUCGAUGCACUCCUGGUGGAUCCGCCGCCGCGAGCGCGUGGCAGCGGACGUCCGAGAAGAUGCACCGUCGACGCCGGCGCUGAUCCAGGUGCCUGGAUCCCAGCUGCUCCUGGCUGCCGACGUGGCCCGGCGCCGGAAGCACGAGCUGCUGUCGGCGCUGCGGCGCACACUGGACUUCUUGUGUGAUGACGCGUGUGGCCUUUCGGAUCCACCCAAGCUACGGAUCACCUGA